AUGGAAACCACGCUUCGGCAGCGUAGGCCGAAGGAAGGAAUCACAAAACUCGUCGAGGAUUUGGACUUUUUCACAAAAGUCGUUGAUAAUGUUAAAGAGGAGAAGCGAGCAGGGAGCGGAUUGUUAUCGAUCGUCUCCUUCCUCAUAAUCUUCGCCCUCGUCUUCGGCGAGCUCACCACACAUUUCUUCGGCCGAAAAGAGUACAAAUACAGUUUUGAUGUGGAUACGGAUUAUGAUGAAAUGCCAAAUCUCGAAUUUGACAUGGUCGUCGCUACUCCAUGCAACUCCCUUCAUAUUACAAACACCGCAGAACCGGAAAAUGAUAAAGCUAGGGGCUUCUUCCCGGAUCAGGCUCAAAAUGUGAUAAAGCAGGAUCCGACUCGAUUUGAUUUCACGGACGAGGAGCAAAUGUACUGGACGAUACUUAGACACGCUCACGAUAAUAUGAAUAAAAACGCGAUGAGAGGGUUGGAAGAGCUCCAAUAUAUCGAUGAUGACGUCGAGGACAAACUGGAAGAAAUCGCCGACGAAAAACAAAAAGCGGAAGCGGAAGCUAUCAAGGCUGAUCGGCAGAAGCUGGAUAAAGAACACGGGCAUCCGCAUCACGGGGGUGGUGGAGGGAACAUUGUCUUCAUGGUGGGCAACGGAAUGGGCAUGUUCCAGAUUAUGGCCAACAAUGGGGCUGAUGAAGGUUCGGCUUGUCGUGUCCACGGCAAAUUCCCGGUCCGGAAAGGCAAGGAGCAAAAGCUGGUGAUGACCAUCGGAAGCGGGAUCAACAUUGGUGGAAUGUUUGCGCACGUUGAGGGCAUGGGAGGACAAGGCAACGUCUCGCACCGCAUCGAACGGUUCGUCUUUGGCCGUCGCAUCAACGGCCUGGUCAGCCCGCUUUCUGGAGGAGAGCAAAUCUCUGAAUCAGGAAAAGACCUCUACCGCUAUUUCAUCAAAAUCGUGCCGACCAAAAUCUACAACGGUCUUUUUGGCGGUUUUACCAUGGCUUAUCAAUAUUCUGUGACGUUUUUGAAGAAAGAAACCAAAACCGACGAGCACGCGCAUGGAGGGAUACUUUUUGAAUACGAGUUCACGGCUACUGUCAUUGAGAUUCGACAAAUCAUCCGCUCCUGGCUCCAACUCCUGCUCCGGAUCUGCGCUGUCGUAGGCGGCGUCUACGCAACCAGCUCCUUGGUUCACAGCUUUGUCGCCUCAAUUUUCUGCCUCACCUUCGGGGCCCCGGAUCAGAAGCCGUUGAUCAAUAACAACGAUCAGAUUGAUGACAAGACGAGGAUGACCCUCUUGACGGAUACGAAUAUUUUGGUUCAU